UGCGAGUCACGCCUGCUCAAACAUUCGGCUUAGCCAUCUUGCUUCCAUCGGCCAUUCGCCACUCGACUUCUACCGCUUCGAUUCCAAAGGAGAGAUCUCGCAUUUGCAUAGCUGCUGAAUCCCUCCUCCUCCGGCUAUUUUUUCUCAGAUCUAAUCCCUUUCCACCACCGGAACCAUGAAUCCCGAAUACGACUAUCUCUUCAAGCUUCUUCUCAUCGGGGAUUCUGGUGUUGGGAAAUCCUGUCUCCUUCUAAGAUUCGCAGAUGAUUCAUACAUAGAGAGUUACAUAAGCACCAUUGGGGUCGAUUUUAAAAUUCGGACUGUGGAGCAAGAUGGGAAGACUAUUAAGCUUCAAAUUUGGGACACUGCUGGUCAAGAGCGAUUCAGGACUAUCACAAGCAGUUACUACCGUGGGGCACAUGGAAUCAUCAUUGUCUAUGAUGUCACAGAUCAAGAGAGCUUCAACAAUGUGAAGCAAUGGUUGAAUGAGAUUGAUCGCUAUGCCAAUAACAAUGUGAACAAACUCCUAGUUGGGAACAAGUGUGAUCUUACUGCAAACAGAGCCGUUCCAUAUGAAACAGCCAAGGCUUUUGCUGAUGAAAUUGGGAUUCCUUUUAUGGAGACGAGUGCAAAAGAUGCCACCAACGUGGAACAGGCUUUCAUGGCUAUGGCUGCUGCCAUCAAGGAAAGGAUGGCAAGCCAACCAGCAGCGAACAACGCAAGGCCACCGACGGUGCAGAUCAGAGGCCAGCCUGUUGCCCAGAAAAGCGGUUGCUGCUCCUCUUGAAGCUAAAAAAUGACAUAGAAGCGUGUUCUAGUUAGACCAAGACACCAUUUCUCCUCUCUCUCUCCCCUGAUUGCAAGCCAAACCCAUUAAAUCUGUGUCGCUCAUCCUCCACUCCCUCGACAUUCCCUUAUUUAAAGAAAAAGUUUGUUUUUCUCACCUCAACACUAUUCUACUAUUUCAUUCAUUGCCUUACAGGGUAUACUUGCUUUCGUGACCGUGUCUGUAACUGUAAGACAUUGGUUCCUCUUUAAUGAUUGACUUGUUUCUCUUUGUU